AUGGCCGAACCCAUGCGAGAUGGAAAGAUGGUGGACGGGAAGAUUGCUUUGUCGACAUCUCUGUGGGACACUAGCCUGGAAAUGCCUCCACGUCAGGAUGCAUCGGAGGUAGAUGCACGUGAUGCUGGUACACCGGACAACUGGAUCAAGAGGCACCCAGCCAUGCUGCGCAACACUGGAGCACAUCCCUUCAACUCAGAGGCACCGUUGAAGCACUUGCAGGAAGCUGGUUGGAUCACUCCUCCUUCUUUGCAUGUGGUACGGAACCAUGGUGCUGUGCCGCAGCUUUCCUGGUCUGAGCACAAGUUGAAAAUCACAGGAGUGCCAAAACCCAUUGACCUCAGCAUGGAGCAGAUUGCCUCCGGAGAAUGGGGAAGCAUCGUUUCCAUGCCGGUCACCUUCAUUUGUGCAGGCAACCGUCGGAAGGAACAAAAUAUGACCAAGAAGACUGUUGGUUUUGAUUGGGGGGCAGGCGCUGUUGGCAACUCUGUUUGGACAGGGGUUCGGCUGUGCGAUGUGCUUGCAGCAGUGGGCAUCACUCGGCCUUCGAAGGAGCAUCGCUUUGUUCAUUUUGAGGGUCCCUUGGGUGAACUGCCUCAAGGCAAGACAGGUUCCUACGGAACUUCCAUUGACUUGGGCUGGGCCCUUGACAGAGAACGAGAUGUGCUGCUUGCUUUCAAGCAAAACGGAGAGCGUUUAACUCCAGACCAUGGUUUCCCAUUGCGCACACUUCUGCCUGGCUGCAUUGGGGGCCGCAUGAUCAAGUGGCUCAGCAGCAUGUGGGUCUCAGACAAGCCCUCUGAAAACCACUACCAUUACUUCGACAACCGCGUGCUGCCACCACAUGUGGAUGCGGACCUGGCUUACGCAGAAGGAUGGUGGUACAAACCGGAGUACAUCAUCAAUCACAUGAAUAUCAACUCUGCCAUGUUUGAGCCACGUCACAACUCCUUCGUGCUGGACGCGCCAAAGGCAUCUACGGAGGCGUCAACGGAGACGAUGUCUACCUUGAAAGUGUCUGGCUAUGCCUACACUGGUGGAGGCCACAAGAUCAUUCGUGCGGAGAUUUCUUUGGACUCUGGAAAGUCGUGGGAGAUCACGGAGCUCACAAGACCCGAAGAUGAGAUUGCAGAAGCUCGUGGUACUGACAAGCACUGGUGUUGGGCUUGGUGGGAGACAGAAGUGGACAUAAGAAGGCUAGAAACCUGUGAAGAAAUUUGCUGCCGUGCUUGGGAUUCCAAUCAGAACUCCCAGCCUGUGCAACUCACCUGGACCGUCAUGGGCAUGUUGAAUAAUCCGAUCUACCGGAUCAAAAUACACCGCGAGAGAGGCAUGACGUGGUUCGAACACCCAACACAGGGAUCAAUGCCUGGUGGUUGGAUGACUGAUGCUGCUGGCGAGUUCAAUGAGAAGUUUGCAGUUGAAGCAACACGUGGCAAGACGGGUAUGGCACCCAUGAGGCCAGUGGCGGCUCUGUGGACAGGCGCCAAAGCCACGCAGAAUCCAAUCUCGUUGCAGUCCAAGGUUUCCAAGGCUUCCAAGGAAUUGAACGUCAGGAGUAUCAGUAUGGCAGAGGUGAAGCAGCAUGCUUCUGAGAAGUCCUGUUGGUUUGUUGUGAAUGACAACGUCUAUGAUGGCACACCUUUUCUGAAGGAUCAUCCUGGGGGAGCUUCAUCCAUUCUGCUCGUUGGAGGCAUGGAGGCCACGGAGGAUUUCGAAGCAGUGCACUCAACACGUGCAUGGGAGAUGUUGAGCGACUACUACAUUGGCCGCCUUGGCCCGUCAAGUGAUGAGCCUGCCUUGAGCGCAGUCCAUCCGCUUACAGUCGCAAGCGUCAUAUCCUCCAUGGGUUUCGUACCCUGGCUUUUGCUGCGACCUUUGUUCGGCCUUGCUGGUCAGUUUUGGAAGGCUUUCUCUUUCUCGUUCUCACCUUUGUUUGGUGCACUCUCUGCUUUCUCGUUCUCUGGACCUUCAGCAUUCUUGAAUCCUCGAGUCAGCUUGCAGCUUUACCUUUCGGAGAAGAUUGCUGUGAAUCAUGAUACUCGCAUCUUCCGCUUCAAGUUGCCUCCAUCAAUGCGGCUGGGGCUUCCUACUGGUCAGCACAUUACUUUGAAAGCCAAGAUCGACGGCAAGCCUGUGAUGAGGGCUUACACACCCAUGACAGAUGACAGCACUUUGGGUCAUGUUGACCUGCUUGUGAAGGUGUACUUCAGAGGUGUCCACCCCAACUUUCCAGAAGGUGGCAAGAUGUCCCAGCAUUUGGAAUCCAUGAAGAUAGGCGAUGCGAUUGAUGUGAAGGGGCCCAUUGGUGAGUUUGAGUACAAAGGGAAGGGUCACUAUGUCAUGAACGGCAAGUCUCGCUUUUGCAAGGAGAUUUCCAUGAUUGCUGGUGGCACUGGCCUCACUCCGUGCUACCAGGUCCUGUCGGCCAUUCUCCGCGAUCCCAAAGACACGACCAAAGUGCGCUUUCUCUAUGCCAAUCGUACCGUAGAUGACAUUCUUGCACGAGACAUUCUGGAAGAACUGGCAGCAAAGCAUCCUGACCGCUUUGUACUGAGCCUCACUGUGGACAGGCUAACCCCUGCAGAGGAGAAAAACGCAAGCCCAGUCAAAAACUAUGCAACUUGGCAGGGGUAUGUUGGCUUCGUUGAUGGAGCCAUGACCAAAGCUGCUCUCUUCCCAGCGAGUGGUGCAGGCGUUUGCUUGAUGUGUGGACCUCCUGUGAUGCUGGAGAAGGCUUGCUACCCUGCGCUGCAUGCCAUGGGGUACGCAGAUGAUGACAUUUUUUGCUUCUGAAGCAACACUCACUACUGGAGGAGGUGCGAGCAAUCCGCUGCUUCCUUUCCAGGUCCAUGCAGGCUAUGUCAUGUUUUGGGCUUUGCUGUCCCCUUGCUACUACUGGCGGGAGCAUGGGGGCAUGUUCCAUGGCCCAGCUGUGGAUAUGUUCUUUUUUUGGCUAUCUAAGUUUUGGAGAAACAACUUUUCCGAAGACAGCAAAGGACACUCAUGCAGAAUGCAUGCUUUGCUGCCCAGAAUGAUCCUUUGCAUGGAGUGCAGGACUUUUGCAGAAAAUACCGUAUAUAGAGUUUGGCAUGAUUUGGGUAGCUCUGAAUUUCCCAGGAACAACCUUUCCAAGGACAGCAAAGGACAGUCAUGCAGAAGGCAUGCUUUGCUGCCCAGAAUGAUUCCUUGCAUGGAGUGCGGGAUCAUUUUGUUCCUGGCGGAUGAGCACCAAUGUCGCUGACAGGCUGAUCUCAGCACG